UAACUUUUUAGAUUUCUUUUGUAUUUAUUAUUUUUUAGUCGGCCGGCUUGUUAUUCAUUUUUUUCCCCCAAAUGAAAUUAAUUAAUUGUCAAGUGGAUUGCGACAAAUUAUCUUGUAAAAUAUAAUAUCUCGUUUAUUCGAAAAAUAUUGUAUACAAUUCCAUUCCACCGAAAUGUAUCGUUUAACUCAAUUGGCAAAAAACAAUGUUGCCAGACAUUUGUCGAGAACCUACGCCAAGGAUGUGAAAUUUGGAGCUGAAGUAAGAAAACGUAUGCUCGAAGGAGUCGACGUACUUGCUGACGCUGUAGCAGUCACUAUGGGUCCAAAGGGACGAAAUGUUAUUCUAGAACAACAUUGGGGUACUCCAAAAAUCACAAAGGAUGGCGUAACAGUUGCCAGAAGCAUUGAACUGGAAGAUAAAUUUCAGAAUAUCGGAGCCAAACUUGUACAGGAAGUUGCCAAUAACACUAAUGAUGAAGCAGGCGACGGUACAACAACCGCAACGGUGCUGGCGCGAGCUAUUGCCAAAGAAGGAUUUAAAAAAAUCAUCCAAGGAGCCAACCCGGUCGAAAUAAGAAAAGGCGUUAUGUUAGCCAUCAACGCAGCGAAAUCCUAUUUGGGCAUGGUUUCUAAAGUAGUAGCGACUUCUGAUGAGUUUGCUCAAGUCGCAACUAUUUCUGCUAAUGGUGAUACUAGCAUUGGAAAACUUAUUUCGUCUGCGAUAGAAAAAGUAGGUAAGGACGGUGUAGUAACGGUUAAGAGUGGGAAUACCUUAGACGACGAAUUGGAAGUAAUCGAAGGAUUGAAAUUCGAUAAAGGUUAUGUGUCGCCGUACUUCGUCACUAAUGCAAAAAGCGACAAAGUGGAAUUUCAAGAUGCUUUGGUAUUGUUCAGCGAGAGAAAGAUUUCUUCUAUACAGUCGAUAAUUCGUCCUUUGGAAUUGGCCAACGCCCAACGCAAACCCCUCGUUAUCGUGGCUGAAGAUUUUCACAGCGACGUAACUGGAAUGCUAGUCUUAAAUAGAUUGAAAAUUGGCCUUAAUGUCGUCGCUGUUAAAGCACCAGGCUUUGGCGAUAACCGCAACGACAUGUUGACCGAUAUGGCCAUUGCCACUGGUGGUGUAGUAUUUGGACAAGAAGGAAACGAAUUGAAAUUGGAAGACAUUGUGGCCGAUAAUUUUGGUGAGGUCAAGGAAGUCGUCAUUACCAAAAAUGAUACGUUACUGCUGAAGGGUAAAGGCUCGCAAAAAGACAUAGAAAACCGUGCCGAAAAAAUCCGGGAUGAAAUCAAAGCGAACGAUAACAACAAAAGUGAAAUAUUGCAACAACGUCUGGCUCGUUUAGUUUCGGGUAUAGCUGUACUGAAAAUCGGUGGCAGCAGUGAAGUGGAGGUUAAAGAAAAAAAAGAACGAGUAAACGACGCAUUGAACGCGACCCGUGCUGCUAUCGAAGAAGGUAUCGUUGCCGGAGGCGGCACCGCUUUGAUCCGUUGUUGUACUGUACUGGACGGCUUACAGGUGUCCAAUGACGAUCAAAAAAUUGGAGUUGAAAUCGUACGUAAAGCCUUGACUAUGCCGUGCAUGACGAUCGCCCAAAACGCAGGCGUAGACGGAAGUGUGGUGGUCGCUAAAGUAUUAGACGGUACAGACGACUACGGUUACGAUGUGUUAAACAACGAGUAUGGCAACAUGAUCGAAAAAGGAAUUAUCGAUCCCACUAAAGUCGUUCGAACCGCCUUGAAAGACGCUGCAGGUGUUGCAUCAUUAUUGACAACGGCUGAAGUGGUAGUCGUAGAGUUGCAGAAAAAAGAUGAACAGUCAUCGGCCGUCAGCCAAAACUAGUCAAUUUUUCAUAAAAUAAGACUGAUAUUUAUUUUUGUUUACUGUAAAUAUAUUUAUAAGACGUUAUUUGUUAUUUUUAUAAUAUGUAGUCGGUUGUUCAACUAGAAGUUAAAUCUGUGAUAUAUAUAUAUUCAUUGUUUUUUAAUCCACAGUUUAAGUUAAUUUUGUAAUCGUUUUACCACCUUGCUCUAUUUAGUAAAAAUUAUUCCUGCAAUAAAAAUAAAUAAAAUGUAUUUCUAAAAC